AUGGGCUCUGUUCGGGGCUGGAGGAAGCUCAAUGUCGCGGUCGUGGGCGGCGGCAUUGGAGGUAUCUCAGCAGCAAUCGCGCUCCGUCGUGCCGGACACGAAGUCACAAUCUAUGAGCGACUCGACUUCGCAGGCGAGGUCGGUGCUUCAGUCCCUUGCGCAGCAAACGGGACUCGCUGGCUACAUGAAUGGGAAGUUGAUGUUGCAAAAGGGGACCCUGUCGUACUCAAACAGCUGAUCAAUCGCGACUAG